AGGCUUGGCUAGCGCUUCUUUUCGUUUUGAUCCUUCUUUUGUUCCAUCGAGUCGUUGUAUCCUUUCCACCACCGUUUCGUACCCAGUACGCCAGUCGCUCCCUUGUGCAUACGCUCCUUUGCUAUACCUCGAAAAGAAAAACAUAUUUCGGUGACGCGAAACCCUCGUCGUUUCGUCUAAUACUCAAUGCUAGUGUCGGCAAUCAUCCUCUUCGUUUCUACCUUUCUGUCAUUCACCACUGCCAGUACGCAUGGCCAUCUGAAGCGUGACCGUCAUCAAGAUCUCGCGCAGCGGGCGCGAGGAGACGUUGGCGUGCACAAACGCUCUUUUGACAACGCGCGUUUCACCUUUUAUGAUGUUGGCUUGGGUGCUUGUGGGCAGUAUAGCUCUCCGGGUGAUUUCAUCGUCGCCCUCAACGUCCUCCAAUUUGGCGCUGGUUUUCCGGGCCCAGAGUGCUUCAAGUCCAUAACCAUUACCUAUGGAGGAAAAACUGCCCAGGCUACCAUCAUGGAUGAAUGCAUGGGGUGCCCGUACGGCGGGCUUGACUUCUCUGAUGGUCUUUUCAAUUACUUCGCUUCCGCAGCUGAUGGCGUCGUUUACGGAUCAUGGUGGUUUAAUGAUGGCACCAACAAUCCUACAACAUCCUCUAGUUCCCAAUGGACGCCAGCGGCGACACCGACGCCAACGCCGACCCCCACUCCAACACCAACACCAACUCCUACGCCCACAACGCCCACAACUACUUGGACACCACCUACUACCACAAGCUAUUCCACACCCUCUACCACCAUAACCACAUCAUCUAUACCCACCACAUCUACCUCCAUCACCAAUUCUACGUCCAAUAUAACUACGACUUCAUCCACCAAUUACAACACAGGUGCAGCAAGCGGUAUCGUCGUUCCUACUGGCACGGCAGUCGUACCCACACCUGAUAGUGGGAGUCCCCAAAUCCUUCUGAUGCUCAACCAAGCCUUCAUCAACCUUGGUAUGAUGCUCACAGCUGCGCGAGGCAAUUAG